GCCAUUUGUGGAGAAGCGACAGCUGUGCAUCGAAAUAAUUUGUUCACUUCGUUUUUAAAAUUUAACUAAUGUUACCGAAAACGUCUUGAUUCCUAAUUUAUAAUAGGCGAUAGGCCGCCACGAUGUCGGAAAAGAUGGAAGUAAAGUCCGAGGCACUGCCAGAUCUCGAUGAUCUACUUCAAUGUCCUGUGUGCUACGAGAUCCCUUCGGGUCAGAUCUUCCAAUGCAAUGAGGGUCACCACGUGUGUGGUCGCUGCAAGAUGCGUCUUGAUAUGUGUCCGGUGUGCCGUGCCCUGUUCUUUGGUACUCGCAACUACGCGAUGGAAGAGCUCAUUGCCAAUGUUAGAAAACUACGGGCUUUUAAAUUGGGUGGGAAAGUAACCACUGGCGCCGAUGCUGUAGAGAGCAGUGCACCUUCGAGUGUGUCACCUGCGGAACCUGAAAGCGAGACUACCGAGGAAGAGGAAAGCAACCACGAGUCAUCCAGUCGGUCUGCUUUGCGUGCUCCACCGGCUUGUAAAGGUUUGUUUCGCUGCUUGUGCUGCAAAAAUGGAAAUAGUGAGCGCCUCCCUUCCGCGCGCCUGCUCAACCAUCUACGUUAUUUCCAUGCUCCUGAACUCAUUGAGGGUCAGUCGGAAAAUGGGGAAUAUAUUCAAGCUUGGCAAUUUUCUACUGUACCAGGCAGAAUUGUUACAGCUGUCAGAAUUUCCGAUAUGGGCAUAUUCUUCUUAAUAAUCGAAAUAGCUUUGGACUCUGUUUGUGCUUGGCUCGCUAUGGCUGCGUCGCCGUGGGUAGCUCAUGAGUUCAGCUACACAGUCACUAUUUCCGGAAACGAUCGAGAGGCUAUUUUUUCUGAUUGUGUAUGGUCGGUCAGAUCGUGCGAGGGAUCUCUAAAGAAGCGCGGCCACUGCUUGGCGGUGAACGGGCUCGAUGCACGCGCGCUGAUAGCGCCAGUGUCUAUCAACGGCAAGUUGUCAGUAAGACGCACACCGCCCGAACAACUGGUGCAUAUGCCGCAGCCGCGCGCCGUACUGCGUGUCGCUAGCCGCGGCAACGCGCGUGACAACCGCGCCCCCGUCUCGCAAGACCUCGAACCGUUUUUGCAAGAUCUCCAGAACGACGUAGCGAGAUUGUCGCGAGCUUUCGCAACACUCGGCCGCGAAGCCGACGCCUUAGUGCGCUCAGAGGCUGAAAUGCGGGCGCGGAUCGAGGGCGGCUCUAGAAACCAAAUAACGUCCGCUCCGGACCGUCCGGUGCCGCCGCCGCCGUCGAACGGCGAGUCUCAAGCGGUAGUGGCCAACCAAGUCGACGGGGGUGAACGUCCGCAAGCAGCACCUCUGUCCCGCAACGCCCGUAGACGCAUCAGGCAAAGACUACGAGCGGCACUGAACGCGACACAAUCUCCUAACGAACGAUCUGCACCGGCGCCAGUAUCGAUAGCCAACGGACUUAUUAUGCCUGUUGAAAUACAAAACGGACAUGUUUCUAAUGAUGUGGUCCAUAGAGUGGGCUAUGCUGUUGUCGUUGAACAGCCACCUGUCCCUCAACCGCCUGUGCCACCGCCACAGGCUGCGAGCAGUUCCUCUAAUGGACAUUCUCAAAAUGGCAAUCAAACUUCUCGCACAAACAAAAAGCGUCGUCGCCAUCGUAGAUAAAAUGUAAUAAGUAUAAUUAAGUUACUAGUUAAAGGGUAUAAGGUAACUUUUGCCGAUUGUUAUUGACUGCUCUGUUCAAAGUAUCAACUAUCCUCUGGGGCUGCCUCCAACGGGCUUGUUGUAUAUAAAUAUUUUAGUCUUUUGACAAACGCAAUUGUACAAGUGCUGUGAUAUGAAUACUGCAUGGUAAUUCCGUGAUAAUGGGAUACUACUUAAUUGAUUACUUAAAAUACCCCCAGAGUGAGCAAAUAUUAAUGUUUUUAAUUCAUAGAAUAAUUGUUAUGAACUAACUAUAUUUCAGUUGAUGAAAUGCAUUUGUAAAAUAUUUUUGAUUUUGACAUUAACAUUUUAUGUAAAAAUUAAUUGACAACUAUUGAAAUUGAUGAAUGUGCUUGUUUUAUCCUUGUAAUCGUGAAUUUUGUUGUAGAAUUAAUAUCUACUGUGUUUAAUAACUAAGAUACCUGUUAAUCAUCUUAACAGAAGAUAGUUAUACAUAAUAAUUAUAUUAUAAGAAAUCC